AUGAAGAACCUUGAUAUCCUCCCUCAUUCAAGAAAGAACGAUGCUGAUACACAGGUAAACAAAAGCACUGGUGGCGACCAAAACUCGUCCCAGAUUUCAAACGUCGAAUUCGGUACCUUGAAAAAGGUUGGAACCAAUGUGUCACAAGCAUCGACAUUUAGUAAUGCAACAGCCAAAUCCAAUCCAUUAGUCAAGCUUUUCACUCGAAACAGAUCACAAUCCAACGUUGCUGCCAGAAAUUCAGAAGUAUGCAUUUUGGAUGCUCCGGAUUCGAAAGUUGAAUUCGACGACAACGAACCCUUGAAAGAACCCAAAAUUACCAAGUUGAGAGCCGCGAAAAAGAUAUUGAGUCCAACGAGCAAGCUGCAUUUCGAUUCUGUGAUAGACUCAAGCUCCACUGAUGAAGGAAUCUCCAAGAGGCAAUCGAGCGAAGAAUCGAGGGGGAAGAAGCAAAUAAUAUCGUCACCCCUGUCUGGUUUCCAUAAUUUAUUCCACAAAUCUCACUCUGCAAACGGCUUGUCCAAAUUUGGAGAUCGCAACGGUGAGGACAAAAUACACACUAGCUCCUUAAAGGCCUCGAUUUGCUUAUCCUCAAACAAUUCCAAUUCUGUUGUGAAUGAUAUAAUGCUCGCUCGAGUUUAUAAAUUUACAAAUGCUAAUUUCUCAAAUGAAGAUGGUGAAACAUUUGCAGAGCAUUCUUCGCUUCUUGAUAUUCAUAGGAAGAUGUUGACCCCUGCCGAUCUGUACAUUCAAAACAAAUUGAAUAAGCACCAUCAACAUGAAAUUGGGCUAGGUAUUGUUGAUAAAAGUGAAACUGCGGUGUUGGGCAUGCCAGCUAAUGAAGAGGCAAAACUAAAUAAAUCACGUCAGCAAAUAUGCUCGCUACUCAAGCCAUUGUUCAUACCAUCCAGACAGAAGAAAGUGGCAUCUUCGAAUGAGUAUCCAUUUUUGGGGCACUCCCUAGAUGAAAUAGGGCAUAUAAUCAGAAAUCAACUUUCACUGGACUCAAAUAGACCUGCCAACAAUGUUGAGCUGACCCCAAAGUAUGUGAAAUAUAAGCUGAGGUCAAACAAGUCUAGCUCAAAGGGUCAAGUGCUUGGUGCAGAUACACAUGACAGUAUGUGUACUACACCUUUUGAUGAAAGCGACUUGAGGGAAAUCAUCCUGGAUCUAACCACAAUUUUUUUGUCAUGUUUAGGUUGGUUAAGGCGUGAUGUGCUUCAAUCUGUGAGACCGUCCGAAAAUAGCAACAAACAACGCGGUUUUGAUUACCUAGAUAUGUGGCAAAUCUUAUCCCAAUCAUGGUUUUAUUACAACAAAAACAUUCGCUUUCAAAUUUUGCAAAUAUUUCAAGUGGUGUUCACUACCACCCCUAGAUGGUACGGAGAGCCAAUCUUGCCCUCAACUUAUAUCGAUGAAGUCUUGCAAAAUUCUUUCUGUACAGUAUUUAUCGUUCCCAUAGUUGAAGACAGCAAGAGACGCUCGAUAGCUUCACUGUCUGUAACGACCAUUGCAAGCUGCGGAGUGCUCGACAAUCACGAAAAAUCAUUGUUUUUACAUGACCCAACAUUGCUCUCGAAUGCAUUACACUGUCUUGGCUCGCUACAGGCUUUACCACAAUCGAGUUAUUCCAAUACCGAGAUUGAAACGCAUAAUUUGAAACAAAUAAUGAGGGUCAUGAUAGCAAACUUGUCUAAUCUUUCUUGA